CUUUCAAGUUCGUGCCUCAAUAAAAUGAGGUCUAGAGGGCCCCUGUUUGGCUCCGGAGGCUGGGGUGAGGGACAUUUCAGUUAAAAUAAGUUCCUGAGGCAUUGGGCCAGUGCCAGAGCCGCUGGGUCAGCCUGCGACAGAGUACAUAGUUUAGGUUUUCAAGGACGCCAGCAUCAGUAAAUGCUAUUAAUAAUUCCAGCCCCAAUGCUUCCCGCAGGCCGUAGCAAUUAAAAAACUACAUCUCCCAGAAUCCUCCGCGAAAGUGAGGCUCCCUUGCGUAACCACGUUGGCCAUCGUCGCAUUCGAACAAAAUAAUCCCUUCAUUUUUCUGAAGGUGUCUGGCAUAAUAUUUCAUUUUCUCCUCACCGAAACAACCUUAAGUGUUACUGCGAUAACGGAAGUUGCCUGUGGAAAGGUGUUUAAGACGAUAAGGCAAACAGAAGGAAAGGACAUCGUAAUAAAGCACUGCGGAGGAAUUUUUCUCCAGCUGUGAGACGCCGGGACGAGUGAAUGCGAUUGAAAGAGGCUCAGAGAAUUGUCCUCGGUGCAGGGGGCUUUCUUUAGCUCCAGGCUCCUGCCUAACCCCAUCGUCAGCAGAGAGAUGGAAACUUUGAUGACUGGUUCCACCCUGCCUCCCCUUUAUGCAGAGGAAGAUGGCUCCAAGGAGAAUAGUGAUCUGGCUACAGCCCGGCUAAAUCACCCAGAUAUUCCAUAUAGUACUGGAGUCACAUCAUCUACCAACAAUCCAGAAUUUGUGGAGGGUCUCUCCCAAGAUCAAUUGCUUCAGAACGAGCCUUCAAACACAACAGAAGGCACUGAACAGAGGCAUGAAGAUGAGCAAAGAAGUAAACGAGGAGGAUGGUCCAAAGGAAGAAAGAGGAAGAAACCUCUUCGAGACAGCAAUGCACCCAAAUCCCCCCUUACAGGAUAUGUUCGGUUCAUGAAUGAACGGCGAGAACAGCUUCGAGCAAAGAGACCAGAAGUCCCAUUUCCAGAAAUCACAAGAAUGUUAGGCAAUGAAUGGAGUAAACUGCCUCCUGAGGAAAAACAGCGUUACCUUGAUGAAGCAGAUAGAGAUAAGGAGCGUUACAUGAAGGAACUGGAGCAGUAUCAGAAGACUGAGGCCUACAAGGUCUUCAGUAGGAAAACCCAGGACCGUCAGAAAGGCAAAUCUCAAAGACAAGAUGCAGCCAGACAGGCCACUCAUGAUCAUGAGAAAGAAACAGAAGUAAAGGAACGAUCUGUUUUUGACAUCCCUAUAUUUACAGAGGAAUUCCUGAACCACAGUAAAGCUCGGGAGGCAGAGCUACGCCAGCUUCGCAAAUCCAACAUGGAAUUUGAAGAGAGGAAUGCAGCCCUGCAGAAGCACGUGGAGAGCAUGCGCACAGCAGUGGAGAAGCUGGAAGUGGACGUGAUCCAGGAGCGAAGCCGCAACACUGUCUUACAACAGCACCUGGAGACCCUGCGGCAGGUGUUGACCAGCAGCUUUGCCAGCAUGCCCUUACCUGGAAGUGGAGAGACACCUACCCUGGACACAAUUGAUUCAUAUAUGAACAGACUGCACAGUAUUAUUUUAGCUAAUCCCCAAGACAAUGAAAACUUCAUAGCUACUGUUCGAGAAGUUGUAAACAGACUUGAUCGUUAAGGAAUGGUAUUAGAGCUCCAAGAUGUGAGGAAUGAGAAGCCACCUGUGAAAAUUUGAACUGAGUAGAAGCAGAGGAGUACAGAUGACUCUGCUUGUGAAGGAACUAUCAGCUGUGAGUUAAAUGCCUUCACCCAGGAAGCCAUCUGAGGGAGCAGCAAAAAGAACAUGUUUAUGAGCUCCCUAUGGAAUCGUCUUUGCGAAGCUUUGAAAGUGUGCAGCCACUCUCCUAAGUCUUCAGUUUUCUGUCAUCUGCUUUUCUGUUAAAUUGGAUCUGCAUAUAUCCUCUUGUCAUCUUCUACAGCAUAAAGGAAGCCUUCUCAUUGUUCUACUUAAGAUUUAGACCCUUUUUAUCAGUGGUGCUCUGGUUUUCUUAUCUACCUGUCACUUUUUUAAUGCCUUUGGUUGUUAUCUUUUUAUUCCCUUAACCCCCACCAAAUUACACAUCUCCAUUUUCUGACCUCUGGGCUUCGUUGCUCAGCAGAGUUCUGAAGGAGAGUUUCUCUUAUUGAACAGGCCCAAUCUUCUAUCUUUAUCCUACUGUGACUCCAAAGAAAGGAGCUUCUUUUUAACUAUGUUCUGUGGCGGAGACUGUUCCCUGUCCCCCACAGUGUGCAGUGGGUGCCAGCCCUCAUGGAGAUUUUGUGAUUGCUACCCUGAGAAUAAGCUUUCCUUCCUCCUCAGUCCUGCCUGCUGUUUUCUGAACUUAGCUCCUGCACAUACCCUGCAUUCCAGCCCAGCUGUUGACAAUGUCUUCUGGAACAUUUUUUGCUGUUCUGGAAAUUUGUGACUGCCUUCUGCCUGAUGUUUUGACUUAAAACAUCUGCUUAUUCAGAAAAGUCUUUGGUAAAUAGGAGAGAACAGAAAAAAAUAGUCUCGUUUGGCAUUGGGAGGAAAAAACGUUUAUCAUAAGUAAAAACUGACUCUGCUUUAGGUACACUGAUUCACAGGAGUGGUUAGGCUGAGAUGUCAUCACAAUAGUCUCUUGAGCUGACAAGAAAGGACACAGAGGAAUUCUCAUGUCUUUUGUCUUCCUUCUAUAAUCAUAUAUGCAAAAGAACAGGUUUUCCUUCCUUUUUCCCCCUUUAGUAAGUACAUUUUU